CAAUGCUGCGAUUGCUGUCAUCUGGGGCUGCGGUUAAGGAGCGAGGGGAAAACCUGUGAGUCCAACAUUAAUCUGGGCUACCCCUGCAGUCACGUGAUGCUGUCCUGCUGUGAAGGGGGAGAUCACUUCAUCCAUCCAGAAAUAAAAAGGCAUCCGGAACCUUUGCCAACAGUGACACCUGAGAAGGUUUCAGAGACAGAAGACCACAAUGAAGCUUUGUCCAUCAGUAAUGAAGCUGAACUGUCAAAUAACCUUCCUGGAGAUGACCUGGAUGAAUGUCUUCUCUAUGGUGGGGAACUCUGUCAGCAUUUGUGUAUAAACACUGUGGGGUCCUACAAGUGUUCGUGUUUUCCAGAAUUCAUUUUGCAAGAUGAUGGAACCAGCUGCUCUCCAGAUCCUGACAGGGGACAGGUGACAAGGCUGGAAGCAGAAGCCACCAUCCCUCCGUCAGCCUCUCCUUCUCAGCCUCUUCUCAUCGUGUCCUUACAAGAAGAGGAGGAUAAGUGUAAAGAUAACGGCCCCUGCAAGCACAUCUGCAAUAUUGUGGAAGGAAAUGUUGAAUGCUCUUGUUUGGCUGGAUAUACUAUCAUGGCUGAUGGGAUUUCUUGUGAAGACGUUAACGAAUGUGUAACAGAUAGGCACACCUGCCAGCGGAGAGAGCACUGCGUCAACACGAUGGGAUCGUUCAAAUGUCUCCAGGAACUGAGCUGUCAGCCAGGUUAUGAACUCAAGGAUGGAGAAUGUGUUGAUAUCGAUGAAUGCGAGAGAGGAACUCAUAGUUGUAAAGUGAACUUCGUUUGUCAGAACACGGAAGGAUCGUUCUACUGUGAGUCAAAGCAGCGCUGCAUGGAUGGAUUUUUACAAGACCCUGAGGGAAACUGUGUUGAUAUUAAUGAAUGCACAUCUCUCCCUGAGCCAUGUAAGCCAGGCUUCAACUGCAUCAAUACUGUUGGGUCUUACACCUGCCAAAGGAACGUGCUGACAUGCAGCAGGGGCUACCACUCCAAUGAGGAGGGAACGCGAUGCAUCGAUGUGGAUGAAUGUCAAACUGGUGUACACCGUUGUGGAGAAGGGCAGAUUUGUCAUAAUCUUCCUGGGGCUUAUCGCUGCGACUGCAAGAUGGGAUACCAGUACGACGCGUUCAGCAGAAGCUGCAUUGAUAUAAAUGAGUGCUGGAAUUACCCUGGACGCCUGUGUCAGCACACGUGUGAGAACACCCCUGGCUCCUACCAUUGCACUUGUUCUUCUGGUUUCCGCUUGUCGUACGAUGGGAAGCACUGUGAAGAUGUAAAUGAAUGCGAUACCAGUCCCUGCAGCCAGGAGUGUGCCAACGUUUACGGUUCCUAUCAGUGUUACUGCAGGCAAGGUUUCCAGCUGGCAGAAGAUGGGCAUUCGUGUAAAGAUAUCGAUGAGUGCACGCAAAGUGCAGGCAUUCUUUGUACUUUCCGCUGCGUGAAUGUUCCUGGAAGUUACCAGUGUGCUUGUCCUGAGCAAGGAUAUACCAUGGCAGCAAAUGGAAGAACCUGUCGAGAUGUCGAUGAAUGCGCGAUAGGAACCCAUAACUGUUCAGCUGCAGAGACUUGCUACAACAUCCAGGGCAGCUUCCGCUGCCUCUCCUUCGAGUGCCCUUCCAACUACAGGAAAGUAUCCGACAUGAGGUGUGAACGAAUCAGUUGUUUUAAUUAUCUGGACUGCCAGAACACCCCGGUGCGCAUUACCUAUUACCAGCUGAACUUCCAAACCAAUAUUGUGGUCCCAGCUCAUAUUUUCCGUAUUGGACCAUCACCUGCCUAUGCUGGAGACAACAUAAUCCUUACUAUCAACAAGGGAAAUGAAGAAAACUACUUCAGCACUCGAAGGCUGAACUCGUACACAGGCAUUGUCUAUCUUCAGCGACAACCACAGGCCUGGCAAGAUGAAGAGUUGAGAGCCGUUGGGAUUCAUUACGCGGCGGGCACGUUGAGCGGCGAUACAUUUCUCCGUGCCCCGCCGGGGCACGUCAGAGUCACCGGAACCCGGAGUUUUCCAUCAGCAUUAGUAUUUGAUUGA